UUGUAUCAGGCUCCCUGGAAAAUGCGUCUGUGCCCCAGAUUGGGGAUCACAUCAGGCAUGUUCCGAGUUUGAGUGGGUCUCCAUUAAGCGGCAGACAUCUAAUCAGACGGCGAAUUGCCUCGUUUCAAUUCAUUUUCGUCUGCCUGAAAGACGCUGACAAACCAACGACCCUACAAACAUGCGCACAUGGAUACUGUAUGUAUGUAUAUUUUAAUGAUUUCUGCGGUUUUUGUACACAUGCUGAUAGUGAUAAUAUAGUUGGCCCCACGCAUUCAAAGCGUGAAAUGUUCGCUCUCUUCUUUUUCCUAUCUGUCUGCUUCCGUUUCCCCCUCCCCUGUCAUCGAGUUGGUGAUAAUUUUCUUUAAAAUAUGAAAUUGGUAUUUAAUUCCAAAUGAGCUUUGUAAAUUAUUAGUAGACAUACAAAUGAAUCGAGUGAUUUAAUAUUAAUUAACUGCCUUGUUUAGAGAAUUUAAGGUUAUUAUCAGUAGCUUGUUGAAAUAUAGGUGGCUCUCUCUACGAAUAAAUCGCUGAAAAGUCAGCGCUAGAUGGCGCCUUGAUAUCUUAUGCUGUUAACAUGUAGAUAAUAUGAAGAAAAAGUGAAGCCUUUUUUUUUAAUCUGUUACUUUAUGUGGAUUAUUAUUUCUCAAGAAUACCACAAAAACUGCUGGGGGAAUACCACAUAAAUGGGGUCGAUGGGCAGUAUUUCCUUUAAAUUAUUAAUAAAGUGUAAAUGAGGCCAAUUGAGGGAACCAUGUCACCUGUUGUGCUUCCUCCUCCGCAAAUCGGCCUCCUUGGCCACGCAAUAACCUCCGGACUGUUGACGAACAAGGAACACUUGCCAUGGACAACGGACCGACUGAUGCCACGCCCACUGCCGCCGCCUUCCGGCUGAUUCUGCUUAGCAAAUCGAAUCCCGUGAUGGGCUGCUACAUGUUCUGGACCAGUUUGCUCGUGCUGAAGAUGCUCGUUAUGUCGCUACUGACCGCCCGCCAGCGAAUGAAGACCAAGACCUAUGCCAACCCAGAGGACUUACGCCUCAGUCGGAGUCCGGAGGUUCGAUUCGGAGAUCCCAAUGUGGAGCGAGUGCGUCGUGCCCAUCGCAAUGACCUAGAAAACAUUCUGCCCUUUCUUCUGAUGUCGCUGGCCUAUGUGGCCAGCGGACCGAAUCCCCUGACCGCCCGUCUGCUCAUCCGGAUCGGUGCAAGUGCCCGGCUGCUCCACACGGUGGUCUACGCCAUCAUCCCGGUUCCGCAGCCAGCAAGAGCCCUGGCCUUCUUCACCACCUUCGCCAUCACCUGCUUCGAGGCGGGCUACGUGCUCGUCUGCUGUAUCAAGUACAUUUAGACUACUGCUGACCCCACUUUGCCAACUAACUACUCCUCACCCACUCGCAUUCAUAGCACCAGUGAUGUCAAGGUACAGAUUUUGGUGCUCAUUUUUAGUGAAAACGUAUGGUUUAUACAUUUAGAUGCUUUAAUUUAGCAGCAUUUUUCCUAACUUUGAAGUAUAGGUCACCUAUAAUUGGUUGUUAAAGAAUAUAUAGGUAAUGCAAUUGGGUGAAAAAAUUUUGAUAUAUAUUAUAUACACAAAA